UGUGUAGCUAGCUAGCUGCUGCUGCUGCUGGCUGUAGUGCCGUGUCGGAGCUGAUGGGUUUGUGUAGCUAGCUAGCUGCUGCUGGCUGUAGUGCUGUGUCGGAGCUGAUGGGCUUGUGUAGCUAGCUGCUGCUGCUGGCUGUAGUGCCGUGUCGGAGCUGAUGGGCUUGUGUAGCUAGCUAGCUGCUGCUGGCUGUAGUGCCGUGUCGGAGCUGAUGGGCUUGUGUAGCUAGCUAGCUGCUGCUGCUGCUGGCUGUAGUGCUGUGUCGGAGCUGAUGGGCUUGUGUAGCUAGCUAGCUGCUGCUGCUGGCUGUAGUGCUGUGUCGGAGCUGAUGGGCUUGUGUAUCUAGCUAGCUGCUGGCUGUAGUGCCGUGUCGGAGCUGAUGGGCUUGUGUAGCUAGCUAGCUGCUGCUGGCUGUAGUGCCGUGUCGGAGCUGAUGGGCUUGUGUAGCUAGCUAGCUGCUGCUGCUGGCUGUAGUGCUGUGUCGGAGCUGAUGGGCUUGUGUAUCUAGCUAGCUGCUGGCUGUAGUGCCGUGUCGGAGCUGAUGGGCUUGUGUAGCUAGCUAGCUGCUGCUGGCUGUAGUGCCGUGUCGGAGCUGAUGGGCUUGUGUAGCUAGCUAGCUAGCUGCUGCUGCACGCUGCGCCAACGGCGUCCGUUGCCCGUGCCCGGGAUGAGAUCGCUCGCGAAGCAGCGUACGCGUGACUGUGCGCUGCAGCACGAGCAGCUGCACACCGCGCGCUGUCUGCGGCGGCGCGAGCCAGAUGUCUGCCGCACGCGCUCGCCGCUGAAUCGUAGAGACGUCCAUCAUCAACCCCGGCUCAGGGGCAGAGGGGGAGAGGAGCAGGGAGGCGGGGAGCGAGGCAGAGCAGGAGGAGCGGCAGGAGGAGGAGGAGGAAGCGCUGCGGCCCCAGCUGACGGUUGAGUCGUCACCGCCAGAGGUGGUUGUGGUGGCGGAGCGCAGAGGAAUGCGCGGCUCGGGCUGGUGGAGGCGCAGGCGGUGGUGGAGAUGGAGGUGCUGGACGUGGAGUUUUCGGUGGCCUCCGGGCCGCGUGGGUCCGUGGCCCCGCGUGGCGUCCCCGACGUGGCAGGGGUACGCGCUGGUGGCUCUGCUCGCCGCGCUCGCGUACGCCAACAGCCUGCAGGGGGACUUCGUGCACGACGACCUCCUGGCCAUCGUGGGCAACCCGGACGCGCAGCCCGGUGCCCCGCUGUCUCGUCUCAUGGGCCACGACUUCUGGGGCAAGAGCAUGAGGUCGCCCACCAGCCACAAGUCCUACAGACCGUUCUGCGUGCUCACAUUCAGGCUGAACGUGUGGCUGGGCGGGAUGCACCCCUGGGGCUUCCACGUGCUCAACGUGUGCCUGCACGCCGCCACGUGCGUGGCGUUCGCCGGCUUCGGCCGCUCCGUGCUGUGGCCCCCCGCCGAGCGGAGCUUGCCCGGCGCGCCCUGGCUCGCCGCUGCCCUCUUCGCGGUGCACCCGGUGCACACGGAGGCGGUGUCGGGGAUCGUCGGGCGCGCGGAUGUUCUCGCCUGCCUCCUCUUCCUCGCCUCCUUCUGCGCGUACGUCCGGAGUGUGGGCGCGCAGGGCACGGCCACCGGUGCAGGCUGCUGCUGCUGCUGCAGUCGCCGCCGCCACUGCUGCCCCGUCACGGAGUCCCCCGGGCUGCUGGCACUGUCGCUGCUGCUAGGAGGAGCGGCGAUGCUCGUGAAGGAGACGGGGGUGACGGCGCUGGGCGCCGCGCUCGCCUACGACGCUCUCGUGCUGAGCCGCCUGCCACCGUGUCGAGAGAAGGAGACGGCGUGGCAUACGGGACGGAGCUGGGACCUGCUGCACGGCUACAAGCCGCUUCUGAAGCGCGGAGCGGUCACCGUACUCUGGCUGGUGCUGCUGCUGGCGUUCCGUCUGGCCGUGAUGGGGGCCAAGCUACCAGCCUUCAUGGAGCAGGACAACCCGGCCUCGUUCAGCCCACACCGCCUCACCAGGUUCCUGACCUACUCCUACCUGUGCGCGCUCAACGCGUGGCUGCUGCUGUGCCCACGCACGCUCAGCUACGACUGGCAGGCUGGCAGCGUGGAGCUGCUCACCUCGGCCCGCGAUCCGCGCGUCCUCGCGCCCACGGGCCUGGCGCUGGGCCUGGGCAUCAUCGCCAUGCGCUGCGCUCGCACUCCGCAGGUGGAGGAGCGCCGGGUUCUCACGGCGGGCCUGCUGCUCCUCGUGCUGCCGUUCCUCCCGGCGAGCAACCUCUUCUUUCGCGUCGGCUUCGUGAUGGCCGAGCGCAUCCUCUACUUGCCAAGCAUGGGCUCCUGCCUGCUGGUGACGCACGCGCUCACCUCGCUCUACCUCCGCGCGGGCGCGCGAGCCCGGCCGCCCGUCGCAGCGGCGGCGCUCUGCCUGCUGGCGCUCUUCGCCGCCAAAACUCUGCAGCGCAACCAGGUGUGGAGGUCCCGCGAGGCCCUCUUCAGGUCGGGUGUGGAGACUCUGCCACACAAUGCCAAGGCGCAUUACAACUACGCCAACCUCUUACGGGACAAGGGCGAGACGGAGCGCGCACGACAGCACUACCGGGCUGCCCUCAGCCUCUGCCCGGGCCACGCGAGUGCGCUCAACAACCUGGGCACGCUGGCUCACGAGCUGGGCCACGCCGAGAGCCUCUACAGACGCGCGCUCGCCGCCGCGCCCACGCACGCCGGCGCCAUGUUCAACCUCGCCAACCUGCUCAGGAGCCGUGGCGUGGGCGAGGAGGCGGAGCGGCUGUACCGGCGGGCCACGAGGGUCGCGCCGCACUUUGCCGACGCCUUCGCGGGGCUGGCCUCGCUCCUGUCUGCCCAGAAUCGCGCGCGCGAGGCGGAGGAGGUGUACCGCACGGCGCUGGAGAUUCACGCGCACAACGCGGAUCUUCACAACAACUACGGCGCCUUCCUCCUUGAGCGAGGUGACCAGGAGCGCGCCCGCGGCCACUACGUGCGGGCGACGCAGCUCAACCCCUCGCACGCCGUGGCGCUCGUCAACCUGGGGCGCCUGGCGCGCGCCCGCGGCCACAACCGCGAGGCCGAGGACUGGUACCUCCGCUGCCUGGAGGUGGACCGCAGUGCGGAGGCGCUGUCGCUGCUGGGGGCCCUCUACUACAACACGGGGCGGACGCGCGGCGCGCUCGGCGCCUACAGCGAGGCCCUGGAGCGGGAUCCCUCGAGCAGGAGCAGCGCCCUGGCUCUGGCACAGGUGCUGGUGCGUUUGGGGGAGGUGCGGGAGGCCGAGCGGGCCGUGACGCGCGCGCUGGCGCUGGACCCCGCGUGCAUCGAGUGCCACCGCCUGCGGGCGGCGCUGCACGCGCAGGCGGGAAGCACGGAGCAGGCGCUGGAGGCGGUGCGCGCCGCCAUCCGCUUGAGGCCCCCGGACUCGCGCCUCCUCGCCGACCUCCACUUCGCCGAGGGAAACCACCUGCGGGAGCUCGGCCGCACGCACGACGCCCUCAAGAGCUAUGGUGAGGCCGUGCGACUGGAGCCCUCGUUGGCGCCCGCGUGGAUGAACAUGGGAGCUGUGCUGCACGUGCAGGGGGAUUACCGGGGCGCUCGCGAACUCUACGAGAGAGCUCGGCAGUUGGAGCCCGGAAGCCUCGCGUUGCUGGAAAACCUGGCGAAGCUGAAGCGAGCGGAGCACGGAGCGCCCCUCCCGGGCCCCGAGCGGAGCUCCCCAACGGCCGUCCCACCGCUCCACUGACCACAUCCUCACCCGCGGGGCCAACACCCCUCUGAAGCGUUUCCACACAGAGGAGAGGCGGUAACUGGGUUCACCUGCUCAUUUUCUCUCCUCCUUGGCUCCAACUCCUUGUCAGAGUCAGCAGCAAUUACCAGCGAGUCAGUAAACAUAACAUGGUUAACCAGUGGGGAGCCAUUGCUACAUCAUAUCUGGGUAUUAACCAUCCUCCCACUGUAUCCCUACCCGAUGGAAAUCCCAUGUUUUUCAAAACGGACAAGCCAACUAUUGUGGACCUUAAAUUGUACGAUGUCGUAUUAUCGCCAAUCACGGCAACCCCCGAUACGUAUGUUGGGAACAGGUGUAGUUUGGGGGAGGCUUUGUCAGGGCACUGGCUGGGCCGUGGGGCCCCGGUGCAGUUGCACCGCCUGCGCACUCGCUAGCCCCGCCACUGUCCACAGAAUGACUUACAAAGCGAGAGAGCUGGGCGAGAGGGUGCGAGAAGAGCUGGGUGUAAAAACGUGUGCAUUUUGCCCAAUUGUAUAACUUAUAAGCGUGGCUUUACCGUGCGCGGCUGUGGAGUUUGUCCGGUGUUUUGCCGUUUACAUAAUUGAGUGUUAUAUUUAAGCGGUGAGUGUUGGGACUGAGUGUAGGCCCGGCGAGCUGGUGGGACGACGCACCGCCUCGUCACCUCCUGCUGCGAGAGCAGCGCUCGAUUCUGACCGGGACUGUGGGCACCGCUUGAACGAACGCUGCUGAGCUUCGCCUGCCGUGAGAGAGCAAGUUCGCGUCCUCCUCCUCCCGCAGUCCCACGGUGCUUACUGUUGUUGUUGUCGUUGUCGUUCUUGUUUACCUAGGAGAGCCUAACAGAGUCUCAAGACACUUUUUUUUUCCCAAGAGGUUUCCUGUCAACUUUUCGCAUGGAGAGGGGUUGGGGUGGGGGUGGGGGGAGAGAAGAUUAUGCCGCGUGUGCAGGAAUCUCCGUUGAGUAAUUUGCGAGGUAAUUUUUCGGCAUCGCAAAAUUGCCGUUUGAACCCUUUUCGGCGCAAGGAAUAUGCUCCUAUCGCACGUCUCGGACGCGAGAGAUGAGCCAGCGGUCUACAGCGCGCGUGCGCUCCACUGCCGUUUCGUUACACGGGCUCCGAGCCCACGGGGCUGGCAUUAGUCAGUGUUUACGAGUGUUUACCUCCGUCUAUGCAUGAUUCAGUUUUCGUCACAUCACGGUUGGGCACCCGGGGUCGUGCGCACGUUUCUAACUCCGUGCGGUCAUCUGUGACGGAGCAUUGCUCCUCGAGCUAUGCACGGAACAUUUAUAUUUUAAACGCUAACGGCAAGCUCGGGUAAGAGACCCAGCAUCUCAGCCUCUCCAUUAAUCUGGAGUUGUACUUGUUUGAAUCUGUCAUCACUGGCUUACGCACACAUCGUCGCAAAGACACGUGGGUUCUUUAAGACAGACCGCUCUGUUUGAUAUAUUAUGCAGAAUGACGACACACGCGCAUGAUACACAGUGCAACGUAUCGACAAUGUUUUAUUUUAAAAAUUGCAAAAAAAAAACAGAGUUAUAUAUAAAAUAUAUGUACAGUCGA